AUGGAAAGGAGCCGAUCUCAGUGGGGUUUGUAUUUUCUUCGUUCCGCUUACCGCUGGGGACUUCCUCUCGUUCGACGUUUAAGUAUCACCAGACCAACUUGCACAAAUUUGUAUUUUACAGAGAAACAUGAAUGGAUACGUGUCGAUGAUAAAGCCAAGAUGGGAACAGUAGGAUUAUCGAAAUACGCCGAACAAAAACUUGGCGACGUGGUUUAUGUGGAGCUACCGGGAAUAAAAGAUGCUGUUACCGCCAACGAACAGUGCGGGCUCGUUGAGUCAGUCAAAGCCGUCAGUGAGGUAUACUCUCCAGCCUCUGGCACGGUUGUUGAUGUGAAUGAAGCCCUAAACACACAGGCAUCUCUCAUCAACAAGUCUCCAAUGGAUGAUGGUUGGCUUUUUAAAAUGGAACUGUCAGAUCCAUCGGAGCUUCAGAAUUUAAUGGAUCAAAAGAAGUACGAUGCCUACCUAGUAGCCGAAGAAUAACCUAAUCUCCGGAUUCCCCCUUUUUCCCUAUUUUUGCAUGAUUUUUCUCGAAUCAGCUGCACAGUCUAUUACCUCUUACAACCAAUUCGUAUGUUUCCAGUCUGCCCAAACAAGAACAUAUGUAUUAUGAGUGGCGUUUUCCCUCUGCUUUAUUCCAAUUUGAAGUCGGUCAGGGCACCAUACUCGUGCGAACCCCCACUUAUGUCUGCUUUUUAGUUAUAUUGUCAUGUACUCGGAUGACCUUACUUGCAAAGCUGCGGAAUUGGGAUGUUUUAGUGGUUCCAUUUCCCAUAAAUAAAUCUAAUAUCA